AUGGCCACUCUCACUAUGACUCCUACUCGUCAGCCUUUGGGCUGUUUGGACACGAUGCCGUCGAUGCGCUCGAAACUUAAUCGUCAGAACCAGCAAAAUGGUGCCAUGUCUAGGAGGUCCACCCCAAUGAAGAGCUCUAUCUUCAUCGACACCGAUUCAGAGAAUAUCAAUCCAGCCAGCUUCUCCACAAAACGCAAGCGUGCCUUAGAGGACGACGAGGACAAGAGCGCGUCCAAGCCGGUCAAAACAUCCCGCAUGGCUCUUUCCACCCGCAUCAAUAUCUUCCCCCCCCUCUCAACACCCUCGAAGAUCUCCUCAAUUACAACUCCCAAAUCAGCUCCCAUCCUCAAGCCCGCUGGUCGCUCCCCACCACCCAAGUCAAGCAAGUCAGCCACUCGCCGUCCGCUCAUCGCCAAGCCCCGUUCAGAGCAAUAUAGCAAGCGCGGUGUGGCUCGUCCCUUCUCUCUUGCCUCCGCCCUUGCCCAAUCCACAACUCGCAAUCCGGCACCUGCCCCCAAGGCCCCGGGCUCGUGGUACUUCGAUAUCCACGUCGACACUGAGCAGGAGGAAAUGACGAACCUGAUGCAACACUCGACCACUGUCCUGGAUAUCAGCGACGACGAGGGGAAAUCCGACGUCUGUCCCCGUGGAAAGGAGAACAUCCCCCCUCAUGAACUGGGCCUCGAACUCCCCCGCGCUCGCCAGUGUACUGCCACUAUCCCUGCCGCAGCUCGCAAGUCACCAAAGAUGGAUGAGCCCCGUGCUCCGCUCGGUGAGCUCAAUGCUGCCGAAUACUAUGCCGAAGAUUGCAAUGCCUUCUCGUACACAAUCAUCUAUGAUGAUGAAGAGCACACGCCCGAGUUCAAGAAGCCUUCUUCACCUCUUGUGCAGAGUCAGCACAGCCUUGCCACUUCCUCCAUUGCUUCUGUUUUGGACGUUAUUGCUCCCCGGGCUGCUGAAACCCAGCACCGGGAUCACAAGAACACCACUGACAGCACCAAGUCUGUUCUUUGA